GUUCAGGUACUGUACCUGGUGUCUUGAAACCCCCAGCUACUGAAGCCAGGUACCAAUCAUUUGGCGAUGGAUGUGAUGAGACGUUUGUGAAGAGCAACAGCGAGAGGAACGAACCUAUGGCACCUGCUUGUCAGCCUGCCUGCCGCGAGUUUCGGGCUGCCACCACCUGGGAUGGAUGGUUGAAGCGUAUCUCAGGAGGGGGUCGUGGGAGCGUAAUCGAUAGGCUAUCGAUAACCGGUUUGGAAGGGAGCCCCACUCUGAUCCACUGUCUGGGUUCUGAACUGCUUCUGAUACCGACCACCCGGCACGCCUCUUCAAUCCUUCCUGGCUUCAUCACUUGCACACUGGCUUACGGAGUCGGCUUGACGGCUUUGACCAGGCCAAAGAAGGCAACGAGGGCUACCAUGUCAAUUGCAGUUGAGAGGGUGGAAUGACCGAUAAUAGAGAACCCGCCAUCACCCGUCGCGAUGUGGGACUCUGUCUCGCUCUCUUCCGUUGUGCACAUUAGGUUAGCUU